AUGGACCCACUUAUGGAGUUGCAAGAGAAUGAGAUAAUUAAUGAGUUCAAACAGUCUUUUGAUGAAGAUCAAGAAUUGGAGCAACUUAUCUCUAGGCAAAUAUGCAUGAAAGUUUACUCUUUUGAUAAAGGACAUGUUCUAGAGUGUGGUCGAAGAGUGAUUUUGUCCGAUUCAUUCAAUCCUAAACACGAUGGCCAUGCUAGACGUUUUGAGAUAGCUUCCAGUAUAUAUGAAAAUGCCUUUUCAUGCUAUGAAAUAUCGGCUAUAAAUGCUGACAAGCCCCCUUUGACAUUCAAACAAAUCAAGGAUCGAGUCAAACAAUUUGAAGCAAUAGGGAAAACAAAUCAUCCAUAUUUUUACAAGAAGGAAGAACUUUUACCAGAUAGUACAUUCAUAAUUGGUGCAGAUACUGUUGCUCAAGUUGUUGAUCCAAAAUAUUAUGGCGACAACUAUGAAAGAAUGUUGGGAUAG